CCUCUCUCUCUUAAAGCUCUCUUCUUUGGCUCUUUCGAAGAAGAACCAUUUUUAUUUCCUAAGAGAGACGACGCAGUUCUUUUCUAAAGCACCGGAGAGGAGGAGAAGCAACGAUGGAGAAUGAUUGCACGGUGAAUAUUGUCUCUCUGGAGAAGGAUCGCGAUGUUUCGGAGGCGUCGGCUGAAUCUCAGAGCGAGUCGACUCUUUCGAACUCGCUCGAUUCCGGUGUUACGGCUGAGACCUCUCGUUCUGAUGCUGAUUCCAAACUGGAUGAAUGUACUGCUUGGACGAAUGAGAAACACAACUCAUAUCUUGAUUAUUUAGAGAGCUCGUUUGUUAGGCAAUUAUACUCCUUGCUUGGAGGUGGGACUCAGAGACUUUCUAGAACUCGUGAUGUGCAGUCUAACUCUCAUAAAUCAGCUGAUCAGUUUACCGUCCUACAAAAUGGUUGCUGGCAGAAGGUUAACUUUGGAAAGAAACAAUCUUGUUUGGAGACUUCAUCUGAGUUUCGUUUUCACAGAAAUUCAUUGAGAAAUAAGCCUGAAAAUUCCAACGGAAAUUACACCAUGGGAACUACUGUCCAAGGAGAUGUGUUAUGUCAUGACGAAACCAAACACUCAGAGGCGUCAGGGCAGAAUUUCAGAGAAGAAGAAGAAGAAGAAGAGAAGGGAGAGGUGAGCAAAAAACGAGAAAGAGAAGCAAAUAACGAUGAUAGUUCAUUGAAGGAGGAUCAGGUUGUGCCGGUAAGGAUGGUGAAGCCCAGAACGGAUCCAAUGGGAUAUGGAAAUAGGAUUGGUGUUUGUUUUCGUUAAAUUUUGUCUAAUGUUAACUAGGGGAAAAGUUAUCUGAUAGUAUUAGCAUCUUAUGGCAAUUUUAUUCUUUUGAAUUCAUAUAACAUCUAUCUACUAUACUUAUGUCUUUAUUUUUUGAACAAUGUUUUUUUUUAUGAAUUUUAGAAUUUCUUUUAUUAGUAAAUAAUUUUUGUUUUCAUGCGACUUUUAAGAGAAAUUCAAUUUAGAAACAUGGUACACAAUUGUUGUCUUGUAGUAAAAUAUAACGUUUUUACCAAUGGUGAGUUCGAUUAUCAAUCUGAUUCACGUUUUAUGCAAGAGAGUGAAACUUAUUGACAUGUAGGAUGUGCCUGAGGAUCUGUAUUAGCGGACCUAUUUUUAACUGUUUUGCGAGGUUUCAUAGUCUAUGAGCAUCCAUACAUAUAUUUAAGAGGAUCAUAAGGAUCUUGGAACUCGAUUAGGUUGAUGUGACUGAUCAAUGAGCUUGUAAGUAAAGGAAAUAAGAAAUAGUCAAUUGUUUAAGGGAAUUGAAGCAGAGAAGAGAUUGUAUAUCAGAAAGCUAGGUAGAUCAUCUUUUGAGGAUCAUGUGAAGAAACAAUGGAUUUACCAUCGU